GUGUCUUCAGAUGAGAAGAACUUUCUUUAGGUUUUUAUCUUCACCUAUGGCCCUUCAUGGUGUGUGGAAAACUGAUGACAAUGAAUCUUUUCCUGAGAAUGAAGAUUUUGAGACUGUUUAAUUUCAUCCUUGCAAAUUGCUUAAUAAUGGCCAUUGGUAACUCGACUCUACAGAGUUGUUUUCAAGAGCAGCUGAGGCUCAAGGCCCAGGUGAGACUUCUGGAGUAUCGUGUGAAACAGCAGCAGGUAAAAAUAGUGCAGCUCUUACAGGAGAAGGAGAUUCAAUACAGUGACAUCGGAGAUGAAAACAGUGUUAUUGACCUGGGAGAAAAAAGACAAUACGCAGCAGAUUGUGCAGAGAUCUACAACGAUGGACAUAAACGCAGUGGAUUUUACAAGAUGAAACCUCUUCAGAGCCCUAGUGAAUUCCUCGCCUACUGUGACAUGUCAGAAGGGGGAGGCUGGACUGUUUUUCAGAGACGUUCUGAUGGCAGCCAGAAAUUUGAUAGAGUCUGGGCUGACUAUGAACAAGGUUUUGGAAAUUUUGUUUCAACGAAUGGUGAAUACUGGCUUGGAAAUAAAAAUCUUCACUAUCUCACCAAUCAAGGAAACUAUACCCUAAGAAUUGAUCUCUCUGAUUUUGAAGGAGAACGGCGCUUUGCACAAUAUAAACGCUUCAGAGUUACAGAUGAAGAGAGCUCAUACCAGCUGAGCUGUGGUGAAUACUCUGGCACAGCUGGUGACUCCCUAACUGGGGGGUUUCACCCUGAAGUGAAAUGGUGGGCUGAUCACCGAGGAAUGAAAUUUAGUACACGAGACAGAGACAAUGACAACUAUGAAGGGAACUGUGCUGAGGAGGAGACAGCUGGCUGGUGGUUUAACAGGUGUCACUCUUCCAACCUGAAUGGUGUGUACUACAAAGGACCUUAUACAGCGAAGACAGACAAUGGAAUUGUUUGGUACACAUGGCAUGGGUGGUGGUAUUCUCUGAAAUCUGUUGUCAUGAAGGUCAGACCAGCAGACUUUGAACCCAAUGUUGUUUAAAUAUCUAGUUAAUAUAAUUCAUCCAGUUAAUCUUUUAGCAAAUCCAUUCAAAUUAAGCCAGAUGGGCAGAUUUCUCCCUCCACCAGCCCCGCUCCCCUGCCUCAUUUAUGCCUGUAUAAAUCUGGAAUAACUUAAUUAAAAUCAGUGGUGUUAUAUGGGUAUAAAUGAGAACAGAAUCUGGCCUUGAGCCUGGAGAUACAAAUAACAUGUAUGGGAUUGCUAAAGAGACCAGUCAACAUACACCCAGGGUUUAUGGCAACUUUCACCCAUGUAGAAUACUUAGCAGUAGAUCCCUAGAAGCAGGGGGAACUUCCACUUGACUGACAGGCACAAGGGGGACCAGGACUUCCCCAAAAGCGAGCGGUAUUGGUCAGGAAGGAGGAGUGCAGUGCUAUUGUAGCCUCUGCUGGUGAGCCUCCUUUGGAAUCCCCAGUGGAAUUCAAAGCAGCCUACAAUGCCAGAACCUCUGAGGAAGGACAGCAGUGGGAAUCACCUGUCCUUUCCUAGGACACAAGAGACUAGGCUGGUACACAGGUGCAAUUUGUACCUUCUGUGCCUUCUGGAGAAUGGGGUACAGGAGGGGGUGCCAACUUGGCCCACACUAUUUUGGACUUUUUUCAUUUGGAAACCAUCUAUAUCGAAAUCUAUGCACAAUAAAUAGGAUUUAAUGGAAAAAUUACAAAAUAGAUUCACUCUAUUGUCCUAAAAAGCAAUGUGACUAUAUAUUACACAUAAAAAUGACAUUAAAAUAAUGUUAUGGGCACCUCGUUUAGUGCACAGAAUGGACUGUUUCUGGGAAUUAAUCCUGGUUGUGUAGAAUGAAGGUGUUGUAUGUAGGAGUCCUGUGUCAUUUGCUGCAGAAGUUGAAAGAUGUGUAGUGAAUGAGGCAGUAGCUUGAAUGAAGAAAAAGGAUGGUCUUGUGGUUAAGGCCCUUUCGUGCUGCCCUGGAAAAUUGGGUUCUAUCCCUGCUGCUACCAUAUAGGUCCUAUGUGAUGUGGGCAAGUCACUUAAACCAAACUUUUCACAGAUGGCCACUAAUUGUGGGUUCCUCAUUUUCUGGGCGCCUGACUUGGGCACUCACAGCUGCAACUGAAGUCAAUGGGAGCUGUGCUUUAAACAUACAGAGUGCUAUAUAACUCAAAGCACUCUGAAAAAUCAGGUCCUAGUUGUUUCAAAUUGAUCACCCAAAAUUAAUGGUUCUGGAGCAAUUUGUAUACUGGGGGUGCUGAGAGCCAUUGAACCAAACUGUAAACUCUGUAUGUGAUUUAAACCAUUUCAAACCAUGCUGCACCCUUAGUUCCAGCACCUAUGAGUGGACAUGCUGUGCACUGAAUGGGGCAGGGGUCCAGUGGAAAAUAUAAUGUAUGAUCCUGUAAUUAAAGACUGUAUCAUAAUACAUACGCACAGGGGAGCCAAAUUAAGGUUACAUGGGCAACUUUAAUUCUGGCACUUCCUAGCUUUUGAGUGCUUGCUUUAGCAAACUUAACAUUCUUUUAAUGUAGUUUUUGUGUGUGUAAUUUUAAAGAAAAGCUGAACCCAUUUCCAUCAUGACACCCAGCAGGGUUGGAACCUUUAGAUCCAUAGCACAGACUUCUGCCACUUGAGCUCACGGAGUAACUGAUAGUAGCAGUAGGUUAUCUUCUAUGUGAACUAAUGACUAGAGGGAGAAUGGAACACUCCCUUUUCCAGAGGGUUUCACAGAUAUUUGCAGACAGCAGAGGAAUGCUGAGUCUUCAGAAUCUUGACUUUCAGUCUAAAUGCUGACGUAUAGCAUGCUUUACAGGUAACAGACCCUUGUGACCCCCUCACCUCAACAAGACUGCCCCCUUCUACCACUUGUCCCUUUAGCCUGUUCCUUUUCCAGUCCUGGCUCUCCCCCUCCUGGCAGAUCCUUUCCUAACUAGUCCCAGUCUAGAUCCUCCCAGAAUCCUCGCUCCACUCCCAUUGUCCUUGCCCAGUCACAUCCAGGCUCCCCAACCAAACCACAGUCUUCCCCUGACCCAGGCUCCUUGUCCCAGUUUCCUUGUUCACUCAGUCCCAUUUCCCACCCCCAGCUCCUCAUCCAAUCUCAGUGUAGCAUCCCUCCCCGCCCCUGGCUUUCACUCCAAGUCUCUUUGCCCAGCCAGUGUCCUUGUUCCACUCUGCUCUCUCUUGUGUACCCCCAAUCUGGCUCUUGUCCCUUCAGCAUUCAAGUCAGGAAAUUUCUGCCUCCAUACUGCCUGGGGGUUUGCAGGGGAGUGCUCAUGAGCACAGGAGAGACAGCCUUCCUGCUCUCAGUCCUUACUCCACUCUCACAGCCUGAAGCAGCAAUUUCAGGCAAAGUUCUACUCUGCCCCAGUAGCCCUGAGAUGAAGUAUGCCCAAGGCAAACUGAGUCAUUAGAGAACUGAGCUGCAAAAGUCUAAGUCUCUGCUGAGCAUGUGUAAACUGAGAGUUUUCAAAAGCUUAUAAUUUGGCCAGAUUUGGGUGGGGGGUUUUUCAAGGAAAAGCAAAAGAUACAUCCCUGGCUUGUAUUUUUCAAGUUCCUAUUCCAAAACAUGGAGAUACUAGAGCUUUUCAACUGAACAGCUGUAAGAAUUUAUUUCGGGGAAGGGGUUGGAAUGGGGGUGGGGCCGGGGCAGCGGGGUCAGUGAUGCGGCCCUCAGGCCAAUGUACUAGUCCUCAUGUGGCCCUCGUGCUCAUUUGAGUUUGAGACCCCUGCUCUAAUGGUUAGAAACCUUCACCUAAUUUCAAGCCUAAACUGUUGAUGGCCAGUUUAUAUCCAAGUUUUCUUGUGCCAACAUUGGCUCUUAACUCUGCUCCCUCCGUUGUGUUUAUCCCUCUGAUGUGUUUAUAGAGAGCAAUUAUAUCUCCCCUCAGCCUUAAUUUCAUUAGGCUAAACAAAUCAAGCUCCUUGCGCCUCAUCUCAUAAAGGAGAUUCUCUAUUCCUCUGACCAUCCUAGUAGCCUUUCUCUGCACCUGUUCUACUUUGAAUUUCUUUGCUUGUCCAUGUUUAAGAGAGUUGCGCACAGUAUUCCAGAUGAGGUCUCAUCAGUGCCUUGUAUAAUGGUAAUAACGCUUCCCUAUUUCGACUGGAAAUACCUCGUCUGAUGCAUCCGAGGAUUGCAUCUGACUUUUUCCAUGGCCCCAUGACAUUGGCAACUCAUAGUCAUCCUGUGAUCAACCAAUACAUCCAGAUUUUUCUCCUCCUCUUUCACUUCCAACUGUUAUGUCCCCAGGUUAUAAGAAAAAAUUCUUGUUGUUAGUCCCUAAAUGCAUAACCUUGCACUUUGCACUAUUAAGUUUCAUCCCCUUUCUAUUACUCCAGUUUUCAAGGUUAUCCAAAUCUUUUUUUUAUGAUAUUCUGGUCCUCCUCCAUAAUUGCAACACCACGCCACCUUGUGUCAUUUGCAAAUUUUAUUAGCACACUCCCACUUUUUGUGCCAAAUCAUGAAUGAAAAUGUUAAAUAAAAUUGGUCCCAACAUUGAUCCCUGAGGAACUCCUCUAGUAACUUCCCUCCAGCCUGACAGUUCACCUUUCAUUAUGACCCACUGUAGUGUCCUCUUUAACCAGUUCCUUAUCCACCUUUCGAUUCUUAUAUUAAUCCCCAUCUUCUCCAAUUUAACUAAUAAUUUCCCAUGUGAAACUGUAUCAAUUGAUUUCCUGAAAUUCAAAUAGCUUAAAAUCUACUGCAUUUCCUUUGUCUAGAAAAUCAGUUGUCUUCUCAAAGAAAGAGAUCAGGUUGUUCUGGUAUGAGCUAUCCAUUGUAAAACCAUGUUGUAUUUUAUCCCAGUUACUGUUUACCUCUCUAUCUUUACCUUCUCUGUCUUUCAAAAUUUGUUCUAAGACCUUGCAUACAAUUCAGGUCAAACUAUAGUUUCCCAUACCACUUUCUCCCCGACCACCCUUUUCAUAAAUAUAGGUACUAUAUUUGCAGUUCUCCAGUGCGGUAUGGCCCAUAGUUUACAGAUUCAUUAAACAUCCUUGCUAUUGGUCUUGUAAUUUCAUGUGCCAGGUCUUUUAAUAUUCUUAGAUUAAGACAAUCCACAGCUUCCGAUUUGGUCCCAUUAAGUUGUUUGAGUUUGGCUUCCACCUUGGAUCUUGAAAUUUUUACUUAUCUUCUUUCUCAUUAGACACCCUGCCACUGUGCCCAGGCUCUUCAUUCUUAAGAACUGAGGCCAUGUAUUCAUUUAGGUGGUGGGCUAUACCUAGAUUAUCUUUAAUCUCCACCCUAUCCUCAGUGUAAGGCCCCAGAAGUCUAGAACUCGGGCUAGUAGAGCUCCUAGGCAACUGAGAGCUCCAGGCUGCCACCCAACAGCAGCUGUAACCAAUUUGCACUACACAUCCCAUGACCUGCUGUGGACACAGACCACAGGAAGUUCUGCCUCAAGAGUUUGAUAGACAGCAGCCCCAUGGUUCCUGAUUGGCUCCCAAGAAGUUUCCAGGCAAUAAUGUGGAUCUUCUGUAGUGGUUAUUACUUAUUCAUUGCUCUUGAAUUCCUGGUAUUGGUGUGAUUCUCCAACCUUGCCCCUUCUGGAUGCAAGUCUUUUUGUCUUCUGUUCUCACUUGCAAUCUUCUGAGAGUCAUCCUCUGUCUUCCUGUAGCUCUGAACUCUGGUUAUCUCCAUUGUCUCUGCCCUUCUUUUUGUAGGGCUAGCCACUCUUCCUUGCUCUCCCAUCUUCUGUUAGUGACUCUCUCUCUCUCCCCUUCAUUUUCCAAUUCAGCAAACCUAUUCCUUGGCUCUGUCUCCUGUGUUUGCUGAUCUUUUCCUCUGACUGGUUCUUGUAAGCACAUGUUUCCACUGGCCUCUUAAUUCAUCCAGCAGUCUAUCCUCACAGUUGUCCAGUCCAGCUUCCAUCUGCAAGUCUUGAGUUUUCCCCUUCAACCUCUUCUGGCCUUUCCUUCAUCAUCAGCUCAAAUCCCCUUCAAAACUCAACCAUAGUUUCGACCUGCAUUUCAAAACCUCAGAUCUUCUCUUCCAUCAGUUCUAUCAGGCAGCACAUCAUACAAAUGAAACACCUUUCAGGUACCCUCUCCAGAAUAAUGUACAUCCUCCAUCUUCAUUGUCUUGUCCAUUGUUGGGGUUACUACCCCUGCUGCCUCUGUAACAGGCAUGGCCUCCCAUCCAAAGCUUCUGUCAACAGAUAACCCACACUGCACACAAAAUCCCCCCUGCAGCUUCCCUUCCAAAUUCCCCUGUUUUCAGUUGUUUUCUGGCUCAUGUGCUGCUGACUGACCAGCUGGGCUGCCUUUAUAGGCCUACUGAUUAGGAAAGCCUGGUCUCCUAAUCAAAGCUCAGCUGCGAUCCUUUUCUCACAACAUACUGCCCCUUACCACACUUUGCAAACUGAAAGCAACCCAGCAAGCAAGCAGACAGUCUUGAGAACACACACUCUGCCACUAAGAAACAGGGGCUUGCCUCCCUUCUCCUCCAGCAGGUUUCCGAUCAACCUCCCCUGAUCUCAGCUCUCUUUGCUGGCUCCUGUGCCGCUACUAUGAAAGUUCUUGCAACAAUCCCAGGGGAUUCAUGUAUCUCUCCAUGGUUUUACUUGGUGGCCAGUGUCCUGCCCCGCUCAGUGCUAUUCACUAUUUAAAUUCCUUCUCGGGUCACACACUAUACACUGGGAAAUAAAAAAGGAAGGUGUUGUGAUUAAGGCAAUAGACUGGGGAUAAAGAGAUCUAGAUUCUGUUCCAGGCUCUCUCAUGGAUUCACUGUGUGACAUUGAACCCCUGUAAAACAGGUGUGACAUUUACUUUAACUUCACAGGGUCUGCUGAGAGUAGAUACACAAAUGUGUGGCAUUCAGAUACCAGGCUGAUGAGGGCUGGAGGAAAGCCUAUAAAUAAAUGAGAUGUGGUUCAUAUGCAUCUCUAUGCUGCAGUAUAAACUUUAGCUUAAAUUCUACAAUGGGUUUUAAACUUAUGCUUUUAGUAGCAAUUAAAAAAAAUAUUUUAAAAGAGCCAGUCACAGGACUGGAUGCAUUUUCAGCAUACUAGUGUAGAACAGUUCAGUCACAUAGAAAAUCCACAGAAGACAGGAAGAUACACAUGUGUACAAUAUGAUAUAUUCAACAACAAAAAAGAGCCUCCAGCAGUUAUUUCUAGCCAAUUUUCUCAUUAAACUCAAAGUGAUCCUGCAUCUUCCUCAUGCACACUCUAUAAGUCUGAAUCAGUAGAGUGAAGAUGAACACUUGUUUUUCCAAACAAAAAGAUAGGUUUCUAGAGGUGUUAGAAACGCAUUCUUUCCUGUGGGAAUUCUCAAAUUCCUUUCAGAAGCCUGAGUUGAGGAGGGUUCAUUCUCUGCCAAGCCAUGAAUGAUAUUACAGAUAACAGUGAAAUUACCCUUAGUAUUUUGGAGAGGAAAAAGGAAGGAAGAUUACUUAAUGCAUUCAAAGAAGCCCUACUGAGGCUGAUCUAAUUGCACUUAAUGUAAAUAUAAGACAUGGAAAGCUUAAAUAGUAAAUUCUCUAGCAGGAAAAAAAUAGAUUGCUCCCAAACUUGCUGAUAAAAUCUUCAGCAGUUUUCUUGAGCUUGUUGUAGGAUAAAUCAAGGCUUUUAACUUAUGAGAAUGCGAACAAUACUAAUCAGGUUUCAGAGUAGCAGCCGUGUUAGUCUGUAUUCGCAAAAAGAAAAGGAGGACUUGUGGCACCUUAGAGACUAACCAAUUUAUUUGAGCAUAAGCUUUCGUGAGCUACAGCUCACUUCAUCGGAUGUGCCACAAGUACUCCUUUUCUUUUUGCGAAUACUCGUCAGCUGAGCUAGGACAUAUUCCUAACAUUUGAAUGCAAAAGUGGCAGAAAAAGCCAUUUCCCUUCCCCUUUUGGAAAUCUCAUGAGGAAAGGUACUCUAGAUUGAUGUACAAUCCGGUUACACAAGGCAACCCUCUUUCUGCAUAUUUUUUCAUGCAUUUGCACAUUGUUUAUUUGGAUUGUAACCUCCUGAGGGCCAGGAUCUUGUCCUCCUAGCUGCUUGAAAAGCGCCUGAUAUAUUGGUGGCAUUAUGCAAAUAAAAUAUAAUUCUCCCUCCCCCAUUUCCAUGUUUUUCUUUGUCUAUAAUCAAUGCGGAAUGUAUUAAAAUGUAUGAGUAAAGUGUUUUUAACUCAAAUGUGAUCCCAUGUUUCUUAUCAAAUAAGUAAAACCUUUAUUUUUAAACAA